UCAUUUAAGGAAACGUUCAACUUUGCCUUUUCCUUUUUUUAUUAUUUAUAAAUAUGCGUCUAUUAACCUAACAGUAAAUUCACUGAUUUCUGUGGUUGAGUGUGUAUUUUUUUUCGUGUUUACAAAGAGAAACAAAAAAAAACCAGAAUCACCAUCUUUGUCUCUGUUGCUGUUUCUUUUUGAUUAUGUGAUUACUCAUCAUCAUCAUCGUCAUCACAGUGAUUGGAUUUGUUCAUGUGUUGGUGUUUUUUUCUUCUCUUCUUUGUUAAUCUCUGAUGAUGAUGGUUGAUAUUGGGACGAUUAACCUUCUUAUGGAUCAAUUUGAUGUUAAUCAACAACAACAACAGCAACAUAAAAAUAAAGCCUCUUUUUUGUCAACACACUAACGAUUAGUGACACUUUUCAUUUGGUACUUUUUUUUUCCUCUUCCUUUGGUGGACAUUGUCAUCUAUUAUCUUUGUAGAUAUAAUUAAUAUAUAGAUUGUUCUCUUUCUACCUCUGUAAUUCCAAUCAAUCUUCCAUCUUAAUUUACUACUAAACAUUAUGGAUCUUAAAUGGGAGAAAAUGUCUCCUGCAGAGUUUGAAAUGCUUCAAGAUUACAUCCAAUAUACCUCUAAAAAGCUAAGUGAUGUGAUGAUAACUGAGUUUAAAGAAGGAGGAUCGUUGUCAAAAUAUAAUCCAGAAGAGGACAUUGAUUUGGAAGGAUUUCAAAAAUUUGUUGACAUCUACCUGGAAACUGAUACACCUAUUGAUUUGGUUAAAAGGUUAUUCUUAUCAUUUGUGAAGAAAAAUUUAAUCUCAAAUCAACCUGCCAAUGUAAAUAACAACACGAGUAAUUCAGGUAACAGCAAUAAAUCAACAAGCCAAACAUGUUACACUAUUCCAGAAUCAAAGCUUGCAAGGAUGGCAGUGGUCACUUCCAAUACAGCUUGUGCUCCAAUAACUGUCCACAGUACGAGUGGAUCUCUUCCUGAACUUACUCGAGAAUUGAUAAACAUUGAGAUAACACAUGAGAAAAAGGAAAACUCAUCUUACAAUAAUACACUUACUACUUCAGGAGGAGGAGGUGGUGGUGGCUCCCAUGGAGUUGUAGGAGGAAAUGAAUCAAAAAGUCAUCAUUCAUCUUUAGCUGAGCGUCUUCAUGGAUUAACAGAGAAACUUCAUAGCAUCGGUCAUUAUCGAAGUGAGAGCGACUCUGGUUCUAGAGGACGAUCGGGUACCUGGAGUUCAUCAAUCCAUCCAAUGGUUUCUGUAGCCCAAACAUUUCGUGAUCAAAAAUCAACUGGUUCAUCUCCUAAUCAUGGACAAAUCUCACGUAAUUCAUCAAAAAAAUCCAAUACCUCAUUACUGAUUCAUCCAGUUGAAAUUAAGCCAUUAAGAAAAGGAAGCUCCAGUAUUGAUGUUUUAUCUCUUCGUGUUCCAUUUAAGGAUGUUGUUUGUUAUCUUUCAUUACUCGAAGCAGGCAGACCAGAGGAUAAAUUAGAAUUUAUGUUCCGUCUCUAUGACUCUGAUAGCAAUGGAUAUUUGGAUAGUAAUGAAAUUGAUUCAAUUGUUGACCAAAUGAUGACAGUCGCUGAAUACCUUGGUUGGGAUGUAACUGAAUUAAAGCCUAUUCUUCAAGAUAUGAUGAUAGAAAUUGAUUAUGAUUCUGAUGGAGCAGUUUCAUUGGAGGAAUGGAAACGAGGUGGACUCACAACGAUUCCAUUAUUGGUACUAUUAGGUUUAGAUUCUCAUAAUGUUAAAGACGAUGGUCAACAUGUUUGGCGAUUAAAAAACUUCAAAAGGCCAGCCUAUUGUAACCUUUGUUUAAACAUGUUGGUCGGCUCAUUGGGACGUAAGGGUUUAUGUUGUGUCUUCUGUAAAUAUACUGUUCAUGAACGAUGUGUACAACGAGCCCCAGCUUCGUGCAUUAGUACCUAUGUAAAGUCUAAAAAAACUUCCCAGGUAAUGUUGCAUCAUUGGACUGAAGGAAAUUGUAUUGGUAAAUGUAGUAAAUGUAAGAAACCAAUCAAAUCUUAUAACGGUAUCACUGGCCUUCACUGUAGAUGGUGUCAAAUGACGCUUCAUAGUCACUGUGCUUCUCAGGUUAAACCAGAAUGUUAUUUGGGUGAACAUAGAGAUCACAUAUUACCACCUACAACAAUUUGUCCAAUUGUCUUGGAACGACAGAAAAGUUUAAAUAGUGAGAGAAAUCAGAAGAAAUCAUUAUCUCGAAAUGAUUCAGAUUCCAAGUCAUCUGUUAGUCCAAUUUCGUUCCAAAUGACUCCUCUUCCAGGUACACAUCCUCUCCUGAUUCUGGUGAAUCCUAAAAGCGGUGGAAGACAAGGAAUGCGAAUUUUUCGAAAAUUUCAAUAUCUUCUCAAUCCAAGGCAAGUUUGUAAUAUCGCCAAAGGAGGUCCAGCUCAAGCUCUUCAAUUUUACAAAGAUAUUCCAAAUUUUCGUGUCCUUUGCUGUGGAGGUGAUGGUACAGUUGGAUGGAUUCUCGAUUCCAUAGAUAAAAUGAGCCUUUCUCUCAAUCCACCAAUGGCUAUACUCCCACUGGGAACAGGUAAUGAUCUUGCUCGUUGUCUUCGUUGGGGUCCAGGUUAUGAUAACGAAAGUUUAAACAAGAUACUCAAAAGGGUUGAACAUUCAUCAACCGUAAUGUUGGAUCGUUGGAAGAUUGAUAUUUCUACCUGUGGUGGUAUGGAAACAGAAAAAGGUGACCCAAUACCCUGUAAUAUAUUCAACAAUUAUUUUUCAAUAGGAGUGGAUGCUUCAAUUGCUAUUAAAUUUCAUCUGGAGCGUGAAAAACACCCUGAAAAAUUCAACAGUCGCAUGAAAAAUAAGAUGUGGUACUUUGAGUUUGCAACAUCGGAAACAUUUUGUGCAACAUGUAAAAAUCUUCAUGAAGAUGUUGAUGUCAUGUGUGAUGGUGUUUCGCUUGACCUUCGUAAUGGACCUUCCCUUCAAGGUAUUGCCGUCCUUAACAUUCCAAGUAUCUAUGGAGGUUCUAACCUUUGGGGUGAUAAUUUAUCUCAACGAAAUCGUAGUAAGAUUAGGAAAAAAGCGAAGAAAAAACGUCGAAAAGAGAGAGAAAACUCCAGUAAUAGUUUCUCAACAACUGACCUGUCCACUGCUGUACAAGAUAUUGGUGAUAAGAUGAUUGAAGUAAUUGGUCUAGAAAAUUGUAUGCACGUUGGUCAAGUUAAGGCUGGAUUAAGAGCUUCUGGACGUAGAUUAGCUCAAUGUUCAUCAGUAGUAAUAAGAACUAGGAAACGAUUUCCAAUGCAAAUUGAUGGGGAACCAUGGAUUCAACCACCAUGCACCAUUCAUAUCACCCAUAAGAAUCAAAUGCCCAUGUUAAUGGCCCCCGCUCCGGAAAAGAAGUCACAUUUUUCAUUCUCUUGGUUCCAAAACAAUCCUACCUCAUCCUAAUGAUAAUGAUGAUGAUGAUGAUCA